AUAUUUUUUACUAUGUGUUUAGUUAAAGUUAUUUUUUGGAAAGCGCAAACGUCACUUAUUUUGGGACGGAGGGAGUACAUUCUUGAACUAGUACCAAUAAAAGACACAUAUGAAGCAAUGAAAAAAAAACAUCAACAGUUGUAUCAUCAGGCACAACUAGAAAGGGAGUACAUGUGUCUCUUUUGCAGGAUAGAGAGUGAGUAGAAACAAAAUUAAUUAUACUCCCUCUAUUUUGCAUAUGCUACAUUAGAUUUUUCUAAGUUAAAUAUUUUCAAUUUUGAGUUUUUGAACUUUUUUUAAAAAAAAAUUAUAUAGAUUCAUAACAUGUGGACCAUAUAAUUCUAAACAAUAUAAAUCUUAUAUUGUUAAUCAGUAUAUUUUUAAAACUGAUAGUUAUAAAUUAGAAAUGUUUGAUUUUGUACCCGCUGGAUAUUAAAAAGAAAAACGGAGGGAGGCCUGCCACGCCAUUGGCUCAUUGCGAGCGUGGAGAAGAAACAGAGCGCCCGCCCGCGCACAGCGGCACAACUAGUGUUGGCAAUGGGUAAAUCCCCAUGGGGUAUGAAGUCUCCAGACCCAUCCCCGUGACAACAAUAUGACACCACGGGUAUCCCCAUAUACAGUGAUGGGUGGAAGAAUUUCCCCAGACCCAUACCCGGAUGGGUAAAUUAGACCCGGUGGGUCACCCAUACCCGCCAAACAUCAACAAUUCACAAGCACCAGUCACAUAGUAGCAAUUCACAAGCAUCGUCACAUAGCCAUUCACAAGCAUCGUCACAUAGCCACCUCAUCAUAUACCUAGCAAAUAGCAACAUAAUAAUUUCUGCUGCAACCACUAGUCACAACACCAUAAUAGUUCAUUGUCCAUACAAAUCACGUAGUAGAGAGUAGUACUUUGCUAGCACUACAUAGGGUUUCAGUGUAUGGGCUGCCGAUGGAUUGGUGGCUGGUGGGCUUCUUUAGUUUUGGGCUGGGUAUUUUUCACCCAUGGGUAAAUGGGUAUGGGGACUACUAGAACGUUCCCAUACCCGCGUACCCAAUGGGUGAAGGGUUUGCUCCGUUUAUGUACCCAUAGGUACUGGUUUCACUCCAUAUUGGUACCCUAAUAGAGUAAAUACCCAUCGGGUCGCGGGUCGUGGGCCCCCAUUGACAUCUUUAGGCACAACUGCACAAGCGGGAUAGCAAUCUAGCAGUUGCUCCCCGUCCCCCAAUCCGGCGGCUCGUUCUCCCGCGGCGCGCCCGACAGAAUGCGCGGCCGCCACCUCCUAAAACCCUUGCCCCUCCUCACCCCUAAACCCCCUUCCCGCCCGCCCGCCGCCCACUUCCGCGCCCGUGCCGCAGCCCAUCCGCCCACGCCGCGCCGCGCACCGCUGGCCGAGCCCGACGUCGGCAUCUCCCGCUUCGCCGCCUCCAUCCCGGGCUUCAACGGCGCGCUCAAGCAGCGCUACUCCGACUUCAUCGUCCACGAGGUCGCCCGCGACGGCGCCCUCGUUCGCCUCACCUCCUUCGAUCUCCCCGACGGCGAGGAGAGUGGAGAUAAUGUGGAGGACGGCGAAUGCGACGCCACCGCGGAUCCAUCGCGGGCGCUCGCGUCGUUCCGGCUGCUCUGCGGCGAAGUGGAUUACGACGCGUUGAGGGGAUUCCUGGAGAGGGUCUCGGAGGGAGGGGAUGGUGAUUUGUCGCCAAUCAUUCUGUCAGCCGAUGCAGAUAAGGCCCAUCGAUCGGAGGUGCACGAGUUCAUCAAGAGAAAUUUCAAGUUCCUGAACACGGAUACGGUUGAGCACAGCGACGGUAUUCAGAAAUGUAUUAGGGUGCGCUUGGGUUCAGGGCCACGCGGUGGGAGGGCAAGGAACAGGAGAGGCAUGAACAGUUCAGGCUGGAGAGAUGACAAGCCAUUUGACAGUAGAGGCUCUACAUCCUGGCCUUAUCACCUGGGGAAGUUCCUGAGGUUUAACCUUUACAAGGAGAAUAAGGACACACAAGAGGCACUAGGAGUUAUAGGAAAGAUGCUAGGGGUUCAGCCAAGAUCGUUUGGAUUUGCAGGGACAAAGGAUAAACGUGCUGUUACAACCCAACAGGUGACACUUUUCAAAGUGCAUGCCAGUAGGUUGGCUGCUCUUAAUAGCAAACUCGCAGGUAUCAGAGUUGGAGACUUUAGUUAUGUGAAGGAGGGCCUUACUCUUGGUCAACUCAGAGGGAACCGCUUUGCAAUUACUUUGAGGAAUGUUAUUGCAGAAUCAGAUGAUGUUAUAAAUGCUGCAGUUAAUGGUCUAAGUAAAAAUGGAUUUAUCAAUUACUAUGGCUUACAGCGCUUUGGCAGCGGUUCUGUGCCUACUCACUUUGUUGGUGCUGCUUUACUGAGAGGAGAGUGGAGACAUGCUGUUAGCUUGAUUCUGGGUACAAGGGUACAUUAUAAAUGGCAUGGUGAUGUUGAUGCAGCACUUAGGGGCAUGCCCCGACAUCUCACAGUGGAGAGAGCUAUUCUUCAGAGAUUGAAGAAGUACCCCGGCAACUAUCUACAAGCACUAAUGGCUAUACCUAAAACACUGAGGCUGAUGUAUGUACAUAGCUACCAGAGUUACCUAUGGAAUCAUGCUGCAAGUAUGAGAGUGGAAAAAUAUGGCAUUUCACAAGUUGUAGAAGGUGACUUAGUUUACAAAACAGGGUCCUCUCUUGGAGAAGCAACUACCACAGAUACGUUUGAUGAUGAUGAUAGCCAUGUUAAUUCAUCUGAAAUGGAAAUGUCUUGUGAAACACUUCCUGAAGAAAAGAUCCAGUCUGUGAAGAUAGUUGAUUCUGAAGAUUUAUUGAAGGCAGUCUACUCGUUUGAGGAUGUUGUCCUCCCUUUGCCUGGGUCAGAAACAUUGUUUCCUGGGAAUGAAGUUGCUAGGAUUUAUCAUGAAAUAGCCAAGAAGGAUGGCAUUAGCCUGAUAGAGAGCGCCCAUGGUAUCAAGGACUUCUCGAUUACAAGCAUGAAAGGAGGUUACCGCCGCAUACUCCAACGCCCUAUUGAUUUUGAAUGGGACCUAAUGACUUACACAGACGACAAUACACCUUUAGUACCAACUGAUUUAGAUGUUCUAUCAGAAAUCCAAUCAUCAGAAACAAAUGAGCUGUUAUCUGAUGGGACUUGCAGUUGUCCAUCAAGUGAUUCCCAGUUGCAAGUUUCAGUGGUCACCUCUGGACCAACCAUUGAAGCUAGCUCAGCAGAAACCAAAUCAAUUGGCAUCUUAGAUCUGUCACCAGAGAAACUGGCUGUGAAAUUAGAAUUUACUCUACCAGCAUCAUCUUAUGCUACAAUGGCCAUAAGGGAAUUGACGAAAACUUCGACUUCGGUUGCUUGCCAGAAAACAUUAAAUGGCUGACCAAGCCUUACGGUGUAGAACGCAUUCUUCACAAGCUGGUAUCCAUUGUGACAAAAUCACAAAACACAUCAUGUGUGUUUAGCUGAUAUUUUCUUUUCUGAAUCAUACUAUUUGGAGGAUUUCUAUUUCUAUACUUAUGGAGCUUCUAAAACAGAUGGUUUGAGGGUGUGCCAGAUGGUCAAUACAUGGCUGAACUACUACUUGAGGUAGAUCGUUAUUUUCGUCAUAUAUUGUGAUGUCUCAACUGAGGUCGCAACCGCUUCGGCAUGCACAUAUGACUAUGGACUUCUCACUUCUGCGAGACGUGCGCUACCUCAUGUCGUCCAUGUGUCUUCCAGCACUUAGAGCAACUCCAACACUACCCUAUAUGCACUUGGCAAAUCUUAAUUUUUGGCAAAACAUGAAAAAAGCUCCUCCAACACUACCCUAUAUGCACUUGGCAAAAUAGGAUGCUUGGCAAAAAGAGGACCAACUGGCUCAAAUUUAGGAGCGUUGGGAGCGCUUGGCAUCCUGCCUACGCGGUGGGACCCACACAUUCAGCAUGCACGCAUGCCUUAAAUAGAUUGCAACUUUUGCAUAAAAGUCCCUCUGAUUUUUUUCAGGAAUCACAAGAUAGUCCAAAUUUGCCAAAAAAAUAGCUAACUGUUGGA